AUGUGUUUGAGUUCUUCAGAACCAUUUUCAGACACACCAACAAGAUUAGUUUUGUACCUCAAAACACAAAGCCAUGUUCGUAUCCCUCGUCUCUCAAGGAGAAGAAAGAUGUGGCGGGAAGAAAAAGAGAUGAAGAUGAAGAAUAUAAAGCUUUACAUAGAGAAUCAAAACAUCAUAAGAGAAAACGAGAAACUUAAGAAGAAAGCUCUUCUUCUUCUCCAAGAAAACAAAGCUCUCUUCUCUUUGCUUCAAACCAAAAAACUCUCCUCUGUUCCAUAA